AUGCCUCCUGCACCAUCUUCCGCUCGCGCAUUACAGGCGAUCCUGCCUCAGAUUGCUGAGAAUAAGCCAUAUGAGGCACACCAGAAAGCUCGCACGUUUGUGGCACGAUACGUCAAGUCUGGGCAGCAUGACGUUGCUAUUGAUGUGCUGUUCCAAUCGGCGAGAGAACUGCUCAAGGCAGGGCAUACCGGGAGUGGAGUGGAUCUUGGCUCGUUCUUGAUUGAGGUUUACGACACAGCAAGCGUACAAGUAGGACCAGAGUCCAGGGGCCAGGUCAAAGGGCGAAUGACCCAGCUUAUUGCUCUGACGGGUCCUGAUGGCGCUUGGCGAAAGACGUUGAUCGACAAAACUGUUGCGUGGUCUGUCAAGCAUGGAAAAUACCCCGCUGGGGACCCAGAGCUUCACCACUAUUGCGGCGAACUGCUGUACCGCGAGGGCGCGUUUGAAGCCGCAGAACAACAUCUACUGAACUCUGCAUCCCGCGACUCUGCACGGCUACUAGCCCAAAUGAUGUUUGAGUGGUCUCGCGAUGGCACUAAUCCUGGACCGUUCGCGAUACGCGGCACAAUCCCUUACUUGUUAAAUACAUCCAUCCUGGCCGCAAGAACCUUCCUUACGACAUUUAUUGGGCUCCUAUUAUCUUCACCUCAACGGGCCACUAUCAUAAACCAACACUUCCCUGACCCAAUCAUUCUCAAAUCCCCUGAUUCAGACCCAGACGAAGUUCAAAUCACCACAGACCCGACCCUCAACUUCCUCCAGCUCGCGAUCCAAACAUGUCAGAGGGCUGGAUGGGGACCAGAAGCUACAACAAGCGACGAAGAGAGACAUAAUAGGGUAUCUCGUGAGGCUUGGUUACGGUUGGCCUCAAGGUACCGGUCAAGGAUCGUCGGCGGAGAUGUUAUGCGCAAUAUUAUUGACUCCCUCGGGGACAUUUAUUUCGAUAUUCCCGCUCCAAGAAAGGGCGGAAAUCCUCUGCAAGACAUGAUGUCCUCGUUCUUUGGUGGUGGACCUGCGCCCGAUGCUGGUACUAAACGCAAACCCCGCCGUGCCUUGACUGCAGGCACUCUUGACUAA